AUGAGACAUCCAACCAGAUGCUACUCGUCUCUCCUCUUCCUCUUCUUCCUCUCUGUGAGCUGGGGUCAGAGGUCAAACACAGACAACAAGAGGCCAAUCUGCGAUCACUGCAACCAGCAGCUGUCCUGUAACUGCUCCUAUGGUGGAUUCACCAGUGUUCCCACUGUAACGGGCAGCGCUCUGAGUCUCAAUCUUUCCUUUAACAGCAUAACAGUGGUGACGGAUGAUGACCUGAUGGGCCACAUGCCACUGAAGGCUCUGGAUCUCCACGGUAAUGGGUUAGCUGAGAUCCAUCCAUUCGCUUUUGACUCUCUGUGGAACCUGGAACAACUGGAUCUGUCUGACAACCAGCUGACUGUUCUCAAACACAAAUGGUUCAGGAAGUUGAAAGCUCUGCAGCAGCUCAACCUGCUCAACAACCCAUACAGUUACCUAGGUUCUCCUCCAGUAUUUGAAGCCCUCGUUAGACUGAGGAAGCUGGCCUUUGGAGGUCCUGCUCUAAAGGAGCUGAGGAGAGGAGAUUUGUCUGGAGUCACUCAGCUGGAGGAGUUAACUGUUAAUGCCAACAACCUGACCAGAUAUGACUCUGGCACUUUAGCAGACAUUUGGCCACUGGGUUGUGUCACUUUGGCUCUCCAUGGUCCAUUUUUAACAAAUCUACCCUUGGCUGGGGCUAUGAUUGGUGACGUGUCGUACCCUGAGACACCCAUCACUCUGAAAGACAUCCUUCUGAUUGAAAUUCAGUCUAUUCAGCCUUUCAGAGAGGCAGCCCGCAAGAGGAUCAGGUAUUUGGCCAUACGUAACAUUACUGUGUCUGAUAAGGCUAUUGUUCACUUCCUGAUGAUAUUCGAUGGAGUUCCACUGACCCAAAUAGUCAUAGAUGAUGUCACACUGACAGGCGAAGCGAGGUGGGAGCCAGCCAACAAGACUGAUCACAAAGGCAUAGAUGAGUUCUACAUCCGUAACCUUGUGGUUGUGGAUGUCUACAAAUUUACCUCACUCAUACAAUUGCAGUUUCUGCUGGAGUAUCCCAGGAGGGUAUCUGUGAUAAACUCCAAGGUGUUUGUGAUGCCCUGUCUCACGUCCCGUCUGCUGAAAAACCUGCAGUACCUGGACCUAUCUGACAACCUCCUGACUGACCUGACUCUAGUGGAGACACUUUGUGGUACAAUAGAAACUUUGAAGGACAUUCGAGUUUUAAACUUCAGUGGAAACGCUUUGAAGUCUUUGUCCACUGUGAGCCGACUGGUAACAAAGUUUUCUAAACUGACACACCUGGACAUCAGUAGGACUGGUUACAGUUUCAUGCCCUCAAGCUGCCCCUGGCCUUCCACCCUGCGAUUCCUCAACAUCUCUGGGGCUAAGCUCACAACCAUUACUCCCUGUCUGCCCAAAACCCUGGAGGUGUUGGAUCUGAGCAACAAUAACCUUAAUGAUUUCAUUCUGCUUCUGCCUGUGCUCAGAGAGCUUCACCUCUCUGGCAACAAGUUCCUCAGGGUGCCCUCUGGGCUGUCCUUUCCCAAUCUGCAGACCCUGACCAUCAAGUCAAACACCCUGAACAUGUUUGGAAAAUCAGACCUCCAGUCAUACCAGCGACUUGAAAACAUCCAGGCAGGUCAGAACAAGUUUGUCUGCUCCUGUGACUUUGUCAGCUUCCUCCAAAUGGAACUUAAAGGAGGUGGAGGCAUGAAGUUAACAGAUGGAGUGGACAGCUACAUCUGUGACUCCCCUCUCUACCUGCAGGGACAACUUGUGGAUGAAGUCCGACUCUCUGUUGUCAUGUGCCAUCAGGUUUUAUUUGUGUCAGUGAGCUGUGGGUUGGCGCUGUUUGUAGCAGUUUUGCUGUCUGUGGCACUGUGGCGCAUCCACGCCUUUUGGUACCUGAAGAUGAUUUGGGCAUGGGUCAAGGCCAAGCGUAAUUCUCGACGCCAGCAACAACGCAGAGAUGCUGCAGACUCAGAAGCACUGAUAUCCUUCGACGCCUUUGUUUCCUACAGUGAAAGAGAUGCUAGCUGGGUGGAAAACUUCUUGGUACCUGAGCUGGAGGAACCAAGUGAAACCAACUCUGGGGCCAACUCCACAUCUCCCCAGCCUUUGACUCUCUGCCUCCAUAAACGGGACUUCCUUCCCGGGCAAUGGAUUGUGGAUAAUAUCAUGAGUGCUAUCGAACACAGUCGGAGGACCGUCUUCAUCCUCUCUGAGAAUUUUGUUCACUCUGACUGGUGCCGAUAUGAGCUAGACUUCUCCCACUUCUGGCUUUUUGAUGGGCCCGCUGGUGGUCAGGCGGCCAUCUUGAUCCUGCUAGAGCCACUGUCCAAGGAUGAUGUGCCCAAACGCUUCUACAAACUGCGCAAGCUCAUGAGCUCCACCACCUACCUAGAGUGGCCACAGGAGGAGGAGAAGAGGAAGGAGUUCUGGAGGAGUCUGCGCAAUGCUUUGAGAGGAGAAGAUGACUAA